AUGUUAAAGAAAAAGGAUCCUCCAAUGAUUAUUUCAUCGCCUUCAUCGACAGAGGAAGGAAGUGUGCAUUACUGUGAAGAGUUAGAUGACUGGAACGAGUCGGAGGGGACCGAUGAAGAAACAGCUUCCAUCAGUGACAACUUGGAGGUGGGCAAAUUUGUACUCGCAGAAGUACUUGGAGGAAAAAGGAAUACUUCGCAGUACGUUUACUUGUGCACAGUCCUCGAGGUGUUUGAGGAAGAACUCAAGGUGCAAGGUUUUGUAAGUGUGGACAAUAUGAAAAAGUUUGUGGUACGAGAAAAUGAUGAAUUUAUUGUUCCGCUAUGCCAAAUAAAGGGAGUUAUUUUAAACUCCCCUGAAGUGAAUUGGGUCGAAAGGAAAUUGACAUACAUUUUCAAAAAAAAACUUCCUGUUAAUGAGAAAGCGUAA